AUAUUCAACAAUGCAGACACCUGCGUUCAUCAAGCAAACACCCAUCUUGGAUACACGCACAUCGUUAUGGAGGGAUUUGAAGUAUCCAUAAAUCGAAAUCUCUCCAAGGCACACCCGAUGUUUAAAAUAAUGGCACCGCACUUCAUGUAUCUGAUGACAAUCAACUAUCUUGCUUUAGAUAUCUUGCUCGGGGAAGGUCAAUUUAUGAACACAGUCGUUUCUGUGGGUACGGAAGGAGCCUACGAGUUGAUCAGGCGUUACCGAACCAAAUGGAGGCUCAACGUUGAAGGAACGCUCCCGGCGGACCUAAAAGAGCGAGGUGUAGACAGCACAGAUGUAGUUCCUGACUAUCCCUUUCGGGAUGAUUCGCUGCUGACGUACAACGCAAUCCUACAAUACGUAACAGACUACGUUCACCUCUACUAUCCAUCCGAUAAGGAGUUGAGUGAAGAUAAUGAGACACAGAACUGGCGGGCAGACCUGGAGAGACCAAUACAUGAUGGUGGCCUUGGUAUUCUUGGUGUUGAAGGGGUCGACGGGAGAUUUACAUCACGUGAACAACCGAUUCAAGUAGUCACGAGCAUUAUCUACACGUGUAGCGCGGGUCACGCGGCAGCGAACUUCAAGCAGUACGACGAAUACGCAUACCCUAUGAAUUACCCGUCAAUGCUUUGCGGAAAGCCACCUAGCGACAGAGGAAGCCGUUCCGAGGUUGACGUCAUACAAACCAUUCAACCCCGCUUGAAUCACUACCAAGUGAUGACGAUAUUGAAAGUCCUAAGUGAUCAUUCAUUCGGGAACCAACUGGUUGAUUUCGACCAACGGUACAUCUAUGACCCGAAAGCGAUGCAUAUUGUGAAGAAGUUUAGAGCCGAUCUGUGUAAGAUUCAUAGAAAAAUCCAAAAACGGAACAUGGAAAGAGAAAUCCCGUAUGAUUACAUGGAUCCACUUGUAAUACCCAAUUCUAUCAAUAUUUUAGUACUUUGA